AUGUCUGCCGGUCCUGGCUCUGACUCACGGUCUCGGUGCAGAGCCCGUGGCGCCGUGGCCGGGCUGCGGUCUUGCAAUCUGUUGAUAACUCCACUUGCUAGCUCGCAAUGGAAAACUGCUCCCUGGCACAGAGACCUCGCCACAGCCGGUCGGCACCGCGCGGCACAGCGCCACCGCUCCAGCUGCCUCUGCCUAAAUAGAUGGGGACAGCCUGGUGACCCUCACCCACCCCGCCAUCACCCUGAGGCCCCUGGCCUCGGGCUGGACCCCACAGCCACUGUGUGGGACCUUGACCUUCGGGACAGCCAUGGAGGCCGGCAGGGAGGAGGGGGCCACAUAAUCGGCCCGGCGGCGACCCCACUCCGUCCGCACUCUCACUGCAGGAGCUUCACAGGGCUCAUGGAUUUGAAGACCGUGCUGUCCCUGCCCCAGCACCCAGGGGAGCUCCUGCACCCCGUGGUGUACGCCUGCACCGCCGUCAUGCUGCUGUGCCUGCUUGCCUCCGUCAUCACCUACAUCGUGCACCAGAAUGCCAUCCGGAUCAGCCGCAAAGGCCGGCACACGCUCCUGAAUUUCUGCUUUCACGCAGCUCUGACCUUCACGGUAUUUGCCGGUGGCGUGAACCGCACCAAAUACCCGAUCCUGUGCCAGGCGGUGGGCAUCCUGCUGCACUACUCCACGCUCGCCACCAUGCUGUGGAUUGGGGUGACCGCCAGGAAUAUCUACAAGCAGGUGACCAAGAAGGCCCCACCGUGUCCGGGCGCAGACCAGCCUCCAUACCCCAGGCAGCCCCUGCUCAGGUUCUAUCUCAUCAGCGGAGGGGUGCCGUUCGUCAUCUGCGGGGUCACAGCUGCCACGAACAUCAGGAACUACGGAACGGAGGACGCGGACAGGCCCUACUGCUGGAUGGCCUGGGAGCCCAGCCUGGGUGCGUUCUACGGGCCGGCGGCCUUCAUUGCGCUGGUCACCUGCGUGUACUUCCUGGGCACCUACGUCCAGCUGCGGCGCCACCCGGAGCGCAGGUAUGAGCUCAGGCCGCGGGCGGAGGAGCAGCAGCGACUGGCGGUGCCCGAGGCCGGCCACAGCCCCGGGGCGCGGCCGGGCACGCCGCCCGCCUGCGACGCCCUGGCCGCCUCGCUGCUGCAAAACGAGCACUCGCUCAAAGCCCAGCUGCGGGCCGCUGCCUUCACGUUCUUCCUGUUCACGGCCACCUGGGCCUUCGGGGCGCUGGCCGUGUCCCAGGGCCACUUCCUGGACAUGGUCUUCAGCUGCCUGUACGGCGCCUUCUGCGUGACGCUGGGGCUCUUCGUGCUCAUCCACCACUGCGCCAAGAGAGACGACGUGUGGCAGUGCUGGUGGGCCUGCUGCCCCUCUCGCGGCGACGCCCACGCCACCAAGCUCAGCGCCCACCCGGCGCUCGACACCAACGGGGACGCGCUGGGGCCCGUGGCCUGCCUGCAGGACUCGCCGUGUCCGGGCAAACCGCGGGGCUUCGGCCACCCACCCGCCGGCCACUGCAAGAUGACCAACCCGCAGGCGGCCCAGAGCCACGCCAGCUGCCUGUCGCCAGCCACGCCGUGCUGCGCCAAGAUGCACUGCGAGCAGCUGAUGGAGGACGCGGCCCACGUCCACGUGCACGAGGAGGACCCCUUCGGGCACGACCCGCACCUGCACAGCUGCCUCCAGGGCACAACUGAACCCCCCUACUUCGGCCGACCCCGGGCAGCCACAGGGCAGGAGUAUGCCUACCACUUCCCGUCCAGCCUGGAGGGCAGCCCCCGCAGCUCGCGCACGGACAGCCCCCCGAGCUCGCUGCGGGGCCCGGUGGGGGCACACACACUGGCCUGCUGUGCCCAGGGCGGCCCCUUCCCCCUAGUCAGCCAGCCCGAGGGCAGCGACACGGCGCUCUACGGCUGCCCGCUGAGGCCAGCUCGGGAGGCGGCCCACGGCCCGGCCCACUUUGAGAUGCUCCGGAGGACGCAGUCCCUGCCCUUCGGCGGGCCUGGUCAGAACGGGCUGCUCCAGGGAGAUGUGUGCCAAGCCCUGUCCUUCAGCGCGGACGGCACGGGCAACAUCCGGACAGGCCCGUGGAAGAACGAGACCACCGUGUAGCUGGGCCGGCGCCUCACGUCAGCGGCCCCGGGGGACGAGCAUGAGCAGAGCGAGGCCUUGCCACGUGAGGCCGGC